AAAACACAGUCCAGAUGGCCUCCAGGACAGCCUUUGGAGCCCUUCUCAGGGCACGUGCUGCCGCAAGGACUCGUGCGGUCCCAUCCUCCUUUGCGACUCGCCGGAGGGGAUACGCGACCCAGCAAAGUGAACACUCGAUGACUGUCCGUGAAGCUCUGAAUGCCGCCAUGGAAGAAGAGAUGUUGCGGGACGAGACUGUCUUCAUCCUCGGCGAGGAAGUCGCGCGGUACAACGGUGCCUACAAGGUCACCAAGGGUCUUCUGGACAAGUUUGGAGAGAAGCGAGUCGUCGAUACACCGAUUACUGAGAUGGGUUUCGCGGGUCUUGCGACUGGUGCUGCCCUUGCUGGUCUGCGACCAAUUUGUGAAUUUAUGACAUGGAACUUUGCGAUGCAAGCCAUCGACCAGAUCGUCAACUCUGCGGGAAAGACCUAUUACAUGUCCGGCGGAAACGUCCCAUGUCCAGUCGUCUUCCGUGGACCCAACGGUGCAGCUGCUGGUGUCGCCGCACAACACUCGCAAGAUUACGCGGCAUGGUAUGGCAGCGUUCCAGGCCUAAAGGUCAUCAGCCCGUGGAGUGCCGAGGACUGCAAGGGUCUGCUCAAGGCUGCCAUCCGUGACCCUAACCCUGUCGUCUUCCUCGAGAACGAAAUGAUGUACGGCGUUACCUUCCCCAUGUCUCAGGAGGCUAUGUCAGACAACUUCCUACUCGAGAUCGGCAAGGCAAAGAUCGAGCGUGAAGGCUCGGACAUUACCAUCGUAGCGCACAGCAAGAUGGUUACCCACUCACUCGAGGCUGCUGAAGAGCUUGCUAAGGAAGGUAUUAAGGCCGAGGUCGUCAACCUCCGCUCCAUCCGUCCUCUCGACAUCGACACCAUCAAGAAGUCCGUCAAGAAGACUAACCGACUGGUGACAGUCGAGGGUGGUUUCCCCGGCUUCGGUGUUGGUUCCGAGAUUUGCGCGCAGAUUGUUGAGAGUGAGGCUUUCGACUACCUCGAUGCGCCUGUGGAGCGUGUCACUGGUGCUGACGUUCCGACACCCUACGCGCACAACCUUGAGGCGCUUGCCUUCCCUGAUACCCCUCUCAUCGUCAAGGCUGCGAAGCGCUCGCUCUACCGCGCCAACUAGAUCCUGUAACGCAUUGAGCUGCUGGUAUGAUUGGUUGGAGCUGAGGCGGAUGACACUCCGUAGCUUAGCUUAGCUUUAUCAUGGUCUCUCUUUGUGCGUUUCUGCUGGCUUUUGCGUUGACAUAGACUACCCGUAAUACGCUACGAAUCGCGAUGUAUUCACACACUUUCUUUUUUGCUUGGGCGCACGAACGCGCAACGACCCGCGUCCGGCGCUUGUUUGUGUGGCGGAAGACACGCGCAACUCGAGACUGCGCUAUACACCUUUCAUCUUCUCCUAGACUCUACACGCCGCUUUCGUGCAUGAACGAUAUGGAAUAUC